AUGGGUCCUGCCACCUUCCUGGGGCUCUGCCUGCUGGGCUGCCUAGUCCUGCACCCCACACUGCCAGGGGCUCAGGCCACCAAGUGUCCCCGGGGGUGGUUGUCCUUCGGGGGCCACUGCUACGGCUACUUCGGGCAGGGGCUGAGCUGGAGGAAGGCUGAGAACCCCCCCCAGACCUGGCGGUGCCCCCAGGCGUGGUGCCAGGCCACCCGCGGGGGGCACCUGGCGUCGCUGCACAGCCCCGAGGAGCACCGGGUGCUCGCCGCCUUCAUCGCCCAGCGGCCACGGCGUGAGGACGACGAGGACGGCGUGUGGAUCGGGCUGCACCGGCGCCGCCAGUCCUGGCUCUGGGCUGACGGGUCCCCACGGCGUUACUGGGCCUGGGAGGGGGACGACGGCCCCGGGCCCGGCCCCGUGGGACAGCCCUGCGUGGCCCUGGAGGACUCGGCUGGGUUCAUGGCCUGGGAGGGCGAGUCCUGUGUCGAGCGCAAACCCUUCGUCUGCAAAUACGCGGCGUAG